AUGAAGUCUUUGCGAGGACGAGGCGAAGUUGAGGUCCAGGUGGAGUUGCAUUCUGCGAUCUCAACUGUUCGACAGUCGAGAAUUGAGAUCGCAGCUGCAACCGGACUGGACGGUAGAGCACACUUCUGCGGGUACAGAGGCGAAGCAGCAUCCGGGGCUUAUCUGAAGUUGGCCCUCUGUCACUGCUUCAAUUCACUCCAAUCGUUUCUGCAAUUUGUCCAUGUUCCUUUGCAGACCUGGAAGUCGGCCCUCUAG